AUGUUUGCCCAACCUUUGAAAAGGCUCGCUGCGGCGCCUUUGAUCCGCCUGUUCUCUCUGUAUGCAUUUGCUAGCCAGGAGAUCGCGAUCAGGCACCCAUCGCCCAAACUCACCGCCACGAAAGACCCGAAAAAAAUUGCUGCUAGAGAAGCGAAAUUGAGAGCCAGACAGCAGGUGAAGCCUCAGGACCACCUCUUAUAUAUGGAUAUUCCCAAAGCCAUGAGAUUCAUGCGUGCAUCUGAGGUCGGAAAGUCGCCCGAAAUGACGACCAUUACGUUGCAAAUCACAGUGAUCCCCGAAAAAGGAUCACACCCUUUGCUGGGACAGAUCAUUUUCCCAAAACCAGUGAGACCCAACAACACGCUUAUAUUCACUGAAAACGCCGAACAGAUUCAAGAAAUUAAACGUUCGAAGGAAUUAACGUUAGUGGGUGGUGCCGACUUGAUCGCGAAGAUCAAAGAAGGUUUCCCUGUGGCAUCUUACACGCAGUGUCUUGCUGACUCAAAUAUGGUGCUGCAGCUUGGGCAAAUUGCCAAAAUCUUGGGUCCUAAAAACUUGAUGCCCUCUGCCAAAAAGGGCACAGUGUCGGACAAUGUUGUGGAUCUUUUGAAGAACACUGCCUCUGCAUACACUUUCAAGCAAAAAAAGAACCAGCUCUACUUCCCUGUGGGUCGCUGUGACUUUAGUGACGAGGAGAUUAUCAAAAACGUACAGGCAGCUUCUAAGGCCGUGUACAGCUGCCAACCUCCAGGAACCAAGCAUCCCAACUUGAUUGGCCUUUGCAGUAUGAGCAGCACUUUGGGGCCUUCUGUCAUUAUCGACUUCAAGCUCUAG